AGCUUGAGCUGUCCCGUCCUGCAAGCGGCCCUUUACUCAUGGCAACCACUGCUCAUUGGAUUCGCUCAGACUACGACCCGAAGGAUAGGGAACGGCUUGAAAGAGAGACCGGUCAACUUCCCGUCAAAGGGGCAGAUGUAGACGAAGCUGACCCAUGGGAGACUGAAACGACCAUCUUUGCUCGACGACGUCAGGCCCCGCCAUCGUUCGUACCGGCCAUUGUGCCAUACGAGGCUCUCUCACUAGGCUCUGAAUUACCAAAUUUCCCCGCAAAAAAGCGCUUGCUCUCAGAAAACAAUUCUGCGGGAUGGUAUCGCAGUAUUAUCGCGGAGUCGUCUCAGGAUCCACCUUAUAUCAACACCUCUUAUCCUUCUCCCCUCUUCCAGCGGCCAUCCAGUGCACCCAAAGAACCUCUGGUCUCCAAAUCCGAGAAGACUACAAAGAACAACUGGUUCAUCAAACGUGCUUUACGAUCCGCACCAUCUACGGUGCCAAGUACCCCGCCUCCAACUUUAGCUGACAUACUUGAUAAAGAACCUCCCCCGAAUUCCUUUGACAAACGUUUCGUACCACCUGUAUGGCUAGCCAUUGGCCCUUCCAAUAAAGGCUUUACAAUGCUUGAACGUAGUGGCUGGAACGAGGGUGAAGGACUCGGGGCCCAUGUCCACAAUGCUGCGGGAUCCAUAACAUCAGGGAAAGGGGAAUCUAAGGCACUGCCCACUUCCCUCUCCACAGAUGGCCAGGAAAUCAUUGAUCUGACACUCACUGACUCCGAUUCGGAGGAGUCUGUAGUGGACGUCGACUCGUUACCUGACGCAAGCACCCCUGUACUAGUUGGAGCAUCGGCCAGAUCAGAGCGUCAACCCAUACAUGACCAAAGAGCCUUACUUACCCCUCUUCCCACCGUUCUCAAGUCAGACAGGCUCGGGAUCGGACUCAAAGCCAAGACGGAGGGCCCAUAUAAACAGUCUAAAAAGCGCGUCACCCAUGGCCAGGCCGCUAUGGCUGCUCACAUCAAGGCUUCAAGAGAGUUGCAGCUCCAGAAGGCACAGAUUGGUCGGGGCAAGAGAGGCUUUGCGAAACAGCGAAAGAGAGAGGAGGACGAGAGGAGACAACUACUUGCCGAUUUUAACUCGUAAAUUUUCCCUUUUGUCAUUGUACAAUAAGCUUUCAAUCUUCAAAU